AUGUCUUCAAUCGUUCUACCUGGCCCAAAGGCUUUAUCCUCCUUCAGAGUUGAGAACCUUACCGAUGCUAUUAAUCAAGCUUUUAACGGUAAACGUGUAGUUCAAGAAAUUCGUGCAUGUUACGUUCAUUACAUCGAUCUUUUAACUACUGGAUUGAAUGAGAAAGAAACUUCACUACUAGAUGUGCUUUUGACUUAUGAUAGUGCUUUUGAUUUUAAAAAUGAUAAAAUCGCCAAAUUAUUAAACGAUGCCAUUUCAAAUAACGAUUCAUCAAUUAACAAUUCUUCUGAUGAAACCUAUUACUUAAUUAGGGUCAUUCCAAGAUCUGGUACAAUCUCUCCAUGGUCGUCUAAAGCCACUAAUAUUUCAAAUGUAUGUGGUUUACAAGAAAAAAUUGGUAGAAUCGAAAGAGGUACUGUUCUAUUAAUCAAAGUAGUAAAUGGAACUGAUUUAACUGAUGCUUUAAAUGAUAUUACUUUGAAAUCGGUUUAUGAUAGAAUGACACAUCAAUUAUAUAUUAACCAAGCUCCACCAAUUUCUGCUUUGUUUACUCAUGAGGAACCAAGACCUCUUGUCUCCGUUCCAUUACAAUCUCAAACUUCCACAGGGAAAUCACCAAAGGAAAUUUUACAAAAAGCGAAUGUUGAAUUAGGUUUAGCUUUAGAUGCAGGUGAAAUGGAAUAUUUGAUUAAGGCCUUUACUGACAUCAUGAAGAGAGACCCUACUGAUGUUGAGUUAUUUAUGUUCGCACAAGUGAAUUCAGAACAUUGUCGUCACAAAAUAUUUAACGCUGAUUGGACUAUUGAUGGAUUAAAGAAAAAUUAUACUUUGUUUCAAAUGAUUAGAAACUCUCAUAAAAUAUCCCCAGAAUAUACAAUCAGUGCUUAUUCUGAUAAUGCUGCCGUUGUCGAUACUGAAAACGAAGCUUAUUUCUUCUCCCCAGACUCUAAGACCAAAAAAUGGACCGCUUUGAAAGAAAGAGUUCCUAUGUUAAUUAAAGUAGAGACACAUAACCAUCCAACUGCCGUGUCCCCAUUCCCGGGUGCCGCUACUGGUUCAGGUGGUGAAAUCCGUGAUGAAGGUGCCACAGGUAGAGGUUCUAAAUCCAAAUGUGGUCUAAGUGGGUUCUCUGUUAGUGAUCUUUUGAUUCCAAAUUUCAAACAACCAUGGGAACUGGACGUAGGUAAGCCAUCACAUAUUGCAUCUGCACUAGAUAUUAUGAUUGAGGCUCCGUUAGGUUCAGCAGCCUUCAAUAACGAAUUCGGUAGACCUUGUAUUAACGGUUAUUUUAGAACUCUUACUACAAAGGUUAAGAAUAAAGACAAUGUCGAAGAGAUUAGAGGUUUCCAUAAACCAAUUAUGUUAGCAGGUGGGUUGGGUACUGUAAGACCACAAUUCGCUUUGAAGAAUAAGCCAAUCACAGCAGGGUCUAAUAUUAUUGUCCUUGGUGGUGAAUCUAUGUUGAUCGGUCUAGGUGGUGGUGCUGCCUCUUCUGUUGCCUCUGGUGAAGGUUCUGCAGAUUUGGAUUUUGCCUCCGUUCAAAGAGGUAACCCAGAAAUGGAACGUCGUUGUCAACAAGUCAUUGAUGCUUGUGUUGCUCUUGGUGAUAAUAAUCCAAUCCAAUCGAUUCAUGAUGUCGGUGCAGGUGGUCUAUCUAACGCCUUACCAGAAUUGGUACACGAUAAUGAUUUAGGAGCUGAAUUCGAUAUUAGAAAAGUUUUAUCUUUAGAAAAGGGUAUGUCUCCAAUGGAAAUAUGGUGUAAUGAAUCUCAAGAACGUUAUGUUAUGGGUGUAGCAUCAGAUGAUUUGGUUACCUUUGAAGAAAUUUGUAGAAGAGAAAGAGCUCCAUACUCUGUGGUCGGUAAUGCUACAUCCGAGCAAAGACUACUAGUUAAGGAUUCCUUAUUAAAGACUACUCCAAUUGAUCUAGAAAUGUCUAUCUUAUUCGGUAAGCCACCAAAGAUGUCGAGAAGUGCUAUAACUGAAUCAUUAACUUUACCUAACGCUGAUUUGUCUAUAGUGUCAUCUUUAAAUGAGGCCAUUGAGAGAGUCCUGACGUUACCAACCGUUGCAUCUAAAUCCUUUUUAAUUACUAUUGGUGAUAGAACUGUUACUGGUUUGGUCGACAGAGAUCAAUUUGUCGGUCCAUGGCAAGUUCCUGUUGCUGAUGUUGGUGUUACUGCUACUUCAUUAGGUGACUCAAUCGUUUCUACUGGUGAAGCUCUAGCGAUGGGUGAAAAACCUGUGAAUGCUUUGAUUUCUGCUGCUGCAUCUGCUAAACUUGCGGUUGCUGAAUCGUUAUUAAACAUUAUGGCUGCAGAUGUUAAAUCUUUGAAACAUAUUAAAUUAUCAGCUAAUUGGAUGUCUCCAGCUGCUCAUAAAGGUGAAGGUUCUAAAUUAUAUGAAGGUGUUCAAGCUAUUGGUAUGGAUCUUUGUCCAGAUCUUGGUAUUGCUAUUCCUGUCGGUAAAGAUUCCAUGUCCAUGAAGAUGAAAUGGGAUGACAAAGAAGUCACUGCCCCAUUAGCUUUAAACGUUACGGCUUUUGCUCCAGUUUACAACACUUCUAACACUUGGAUUCCAUUAUUGAGUAAGAACUGUGGUAAUUCAUCUUUAGUAUUAGUUGAUUUAUCCAGUUUACAAAAUGACAAACGUUUAGGUGGUUCUGCUUUACUACAAGUUUAUGGUCAAGUUGGUAAUUCAUCUCCAACUGUUUAUGACAAUUUGGUACUAAAGGGUUUCCUUGAAGCUUUGCUAAGUCUACACAAGACACAAGGUAUUGUAUCUGCUUAUCAUGAUGUAUCAGAUGGUGGUUUAUUGGUUACUUUGUUAGAGAUGGCCUUUGCCUCCAGAUGUGGUCUACAAAUCAAUGUUCAAAGCACUUCUCAAGAUGGUUUAUUAAAUGAGUUAUUUAAUGAAGAAUUAGGUGCUGUAUUCCAAAUCUCCAACGAUAAGAUUGAUGAGUUCUCCAAAAUUAUGAACUCUAAUGGUAUUUCUGCUGAUUACAUAAAGAUAGUAGGUACUCCUGAUUUUUCAUCUCAAGAAAUUAAGAUUAAUAAUGGUAAAGAAAUCGUAUACACUAACACUAGAGGUAAAUUACAACAAGUUUGGGGUAAAACCUCUUUUGAAGUGCAAAAAUUGAGAGAUAAUCCAAACACUGCUCAAGAGGAAUUUUCCACCCUAUUAGAUGACAAGAAUCCUGGUUUACAAUACAAAUUGACAUAUGAUCCAAAGGAUGAUCUUCAAAUCAACGAAACCUUAAAGGACAUUAGACCAAAGGUUGCUAUUCUAAGAGAACAAGGUGUCAAUGGACAAAUGGAAAUGGCCUGGUGUUUUGAACAAGCUGGGUUUGAAUCUAUUGAUGUUACUAUGACUGAUUUAAUUAGCGGUAGAGUUCAACUAAAGGAUUUUGUUGGGUUUGCUGCAUGUGGUGGUUUCUCCUACGGUGAUGUCUUAGGUGCUGGUGCAGGCUGGGCCAAAUCUGUACUUUAUCAUGAGAAUGUUCGUCAACAAUUCAUUGAUUUCUUCCAAAAUAGAGAUGAUACAUUUGCCUUCGGAGCUUGUAAUGGUUGUCAAUUUUUGAGUAGAUUAAAAGAAAUCAUCCCAGGUUGUGAAAACUGGCCAACUUUUGAAAGAAAUGUAAGUGAACAAUACGAAGCUCGUGUGUGUAUGGUUGAAAUUGAUUCCAAAUUAGCAGAACAAAGUAUCUUUUUAGAUGGUAUGAUUGGUUCCCAAUUACCAAUUGCUGUAGCUCAUGGUGAAGGUAAAGCUACCUUUAAUGAUGACACUCAAUUGACUGAAUUUGAAAACCAACAGUUAGGUGCCAUUAGAUAUGUUGAUAAUUAUGGUCAAGUGACUCAAGAAUUCCCAUUCAAUCCAAAUGGUGCUGCUAAUGGUAUUGCUGGUAUUAAAUCUCCGAACAAUAGAGUGCUUGCUAUGAUGCCUCAUCCUGAAAGAGUAUGUCGUUUGGAAUCCAAUUCAUGGUAUCCAGAAGGUAAAUAUGAUGAAUGGGAAGGAUAUGGUCCAUGGAUUAGAUUAUUUAGAAAUGCUAGAAAAUGGGUUGCUAAGACUUCUGGCAACUGA